AUGGGCUCUGUCUCUGUGGACUCUGAGCAGGACCACCUCUUCUCCGACCUGGAGGAGGAGUUCCUUGCCGCCGAGGACAACGAGAGGGAGAACGAGAACGACGUUGUCGACAAUGACCUCGAUUCGCUCUUUGGGGACGCUGCUGAUGAUGAUUUGCAUUCGCUCUUUUCCGAAUCAGAAGACGACGACGAUCAACAAAAACAACAUGAACAACACCAAGAACCACCAUCACAUCAUGCCUCAGAUCAUGCACCAGAGCCGGGGCCGGUCGAGUUGACGCUGCCCCAACCAUCAGCAUCAACAAGCCAACAACCCCAACAUCACCACCAGCAGCAGCAGCCUCUACCGUCACAAGACCUACCAACGCUAUGUCCCACUGACUUCACACCUGACGAGCUUGAACUCCUUGAGGCCUUAACUCCGCCUUUCACGGACGGUCAUGAUGAGUUAGAGGAAGGACAAUGUAUGCCCAGUGCCCCUGAUCCGCCUGCAAGUCCCUUUUCGCUUCAGGAUGGACACACUUCAGGUGGCCCAGCGGUUAGUACUCAGACUCCUUCAGAUUUACCCCCCGAGCCCGCCCUAUCGUUGGAGUCGUUGGAUUGGUUGGGGGAGAUCACGUUUGAUGAGGCAGACAUAGAGGCUGCUCUUGCACAGAUGGAAAGGCCCGAGCUCUUACUGAACGGGAUGGUUGACCAAGUCUCAGACUCCUGGCAGGGCGAAGGCUCUCAACAACAGCCUCAACAACAGUCCAUCUCGCAAAACCACCUCGAGAUCCCUGCACAGGCCAGUGUUCCAAACUCUAGUCCUCCCGUGGCUCAAGAGCCCUAUGCCGGUCUCCCCUUGGGCAAUGCCUUACCACAGGUCAAUGACCCAAACCUCCUCACUCCUUCUGCCAGUUCCCCGGAAAACACACCGCCAGCUCCUGUGGACAAUCAGUACAUUCGGGUGAGCGACAUCCCCGGUUUUCGCUACGGUCACUGCUACACCAACCGAGGAGCAACCAUCACACGGCGUGUCGAUCUCCACCCGAACCAGCUCCCGAUUCUUCUGGACUAUAUCACCCUUGACCGGAACUCAAGAUUGUCGGUACUGUAUCGACGCCUCGAACUCAAUGACUGGCAGGGCAAAGAGCUCAACAAGGAGAUGAAGGACUUUGUACUGAAUUCCCCUUUUCAGAGCCUUGUCCACCACAAAACUCAGGGUGAUGUGAGGGGCAUGAAGAAUAUGCUGGGGGGUGCCGCAUAUUAUAUGCUCACGACCGGUUGGGGAGAGAAGUGGUUCGGCUCGACAGAGUGCUAUGUGUCCCCUGGGAAUAGGCGCCAAACCAUAUGGCCUAAUGACUCGACCCUUAUCAUGGUCCACUUCAUGGGGCUCCUCUACCGCAUUGUUUACCAGCAACAAGUCUUCUUUCGAAAAAAGGAAAAGGACGCAGUAAAGAACAACCCGAAUGCACUCCUAUCGCCAGAACCCUCUGAGGCAUCUGCAUCUUCACCCGCACCAGUUGCCGAGUUGGAAGCGUUUUCGCCGGAAGCAACCACUGCCUCACCUAUACCAGAAACGGGUUCCGAAGGGUCAGAGACAGGUUCCGAAGGUUCAACCACGACCGCGACAACGACCUCUACCAGAGCAUCUAGCAUCAGUUCGCAGACUGUGAUAGAAAGUGUCGAGACUGGAGCGCCGGUUGCUCUAGAGGUAUCCAGCAACACGACCACAACAGCUGCGAUCGAGAAUCCCUGCAGUACUGUCACUGACAAUGCUCUACCUGUGGAGAUGGAUAUCACGAGCGAACCUAAUUUUGCCGAGACUUCAGCAUCAGUCCCCAUCCCGGAGCCACGUGCGGCUUCUGUCGGCGUCGUCGAACCGAUUGUCACAAGUAACACUACUCCAACUGCCGCCCCUACCACCACCGAAGCCCCAGUCAAGACGAUUGUGCCAACUAUUGCGACCAACACCACUCAAACCGCCACUCCUGUUCCCAUAGCUGCCGCCCCUACAGCCACCGUAGCUCCUGUUCAGACGACCGUACCAAUUACCACAACCACCCCCGCCCAAACCGUCACUCUUGUUCCUACCCCAGCAUCAGUCAAUACCAGUGUACCGAAUAUCACAACCAGCACCACUCAAACCGUCGCUCCUGUUUCCACUCCAGCACCUGUCAACACCAUACCAGCAGAUCCUACACCCACACCCAGCACCACCUCAACCGCAACCUCAACCGCCACCCAAACCGACGACCUGAUCUUCACCGGCACCCGGAAGCGCACCCAUGAUGAGUUCGCUAAGGGCUGCGAACAAGAAGUAGCCCAACAAGCAACAACAGGUCCAGCCCCAGGCCCAGCCCCAGCCCUAGUCCCAAUCCCAGCCUCAGUCCCACUCCCCGUCAAACUAGAAACAGUCUUCUUCGUCCUCGACGUCCCCGACGACGCCGACCUCACCUACCACGUGCACAUGAAGAACCGUUCCACCAACGAGGACGUCAGCCCGCCCGUAACCUACCAGCACUCCCACUCGCCUAUCGUCCGCAGCGGGUUCUACACCUACAUUAUGAACACCAUCGGGACCAUCUGCGGCAGAACUAGUGUUUCUCCGUACAUCCAUGUCCUGUCGGCCGGCUGCCCGCGGAAUGUGAGGAGUGAUGGGGAUUGGGACUCGGUGGUGAUGGAUGUGUAUAAUCAGAAGCUGGCGGGGAAGGAGGGGCCUGUUUUGGUGAUGUGUUAUGUUUGAGGGGAAGGAGAAGGGGGUGGAGAUGGAGAUGGUGAUGAGGAUGAGCAGAAAGGGAUGGUGAUUCAGAGAAGAGGAUUGAAGCAAGUGUUGUGGAGAAAAAGAGCGAAGGGUGGCCUGGCUUCUCGAGAUCUACUAUGAUCUGAGAAGCCCAUGUGCCAAGCAGGGGCUUUGUGUGUCUCGGAAAAGGGUAUCAGAGUGUGAUCUCAGAGAAAGAAAGGGAUGGAGGUAGAUUUGCAGUUUUGGCGUUGG